AUGAGUACAUCAACAACAUCGCCGCCACUGCCAACUGCUACAAGCACUGCCUUGACGAUCCACGAUCGCCUUUGUUUAUCCACUGCCGAGAAACGCAUUCGCAAUAGGAGCCUGUGCAGCUUACUCUGGACACCACCACUUUAUCCAGGAUAUUCUGCAAAACUGAAUAAAUCUCCCAAAACAUCCUGGCAAGCCACUGUUAUUCCAGAAAUUUUAUCGUCUUCAGCAAAUCCGCUAUUACCAAAUUCAUCAUCCGCUCCUCGUUCCCAAAACUCACCCACUGCUGUUAUCACUGGUAAUCCUACUCAAACAGCUGAUGUUUUUAAGGAAAUUCUAUACAUGUGUCCAAUUAUUGGAUAUUGCUCGGUUUACUUAUAUUAA